AUGAAAGUCAGCCAGAUCUACGUCUAUCCAGUAAAGUCCCUGCGCGGGGUCUCCCUUACCUCAGCCCAGGUGACGCGGCUGGGCUUCAAAUAUGACCGCCGUUUCAUGCUGCUGAAGGUCAUACCUUCGGAAACCAAAGGCGAAACAACACUGAAGAACAUGCACGUCCCGCACUUCCCUGAGAUGGUAUUGUUUGAGACGGAACUAUUUGAGCCGGGGUUUGAUGGCGCGGAUGAGAAGGGGAGAUUAAGGAUUAUAUAUAAUAAUCCUGGAUCUGAAUCUGAGACUGAGGAGCAGUUAAAUGGGAAUAGGCAUGCAAAAGAAAGAAAACAGAGAGACACGAUUGAUGUCCCGCUUACCCCGGGCACAAGGGGGCUUGAGGAGAUUGCUAUCGUGAUGCAUGGGUCUCCAACGAAAGGGUAUAACAUGGGAGCGAAGUACAACCAGUGGCUUAGCGAGCGAUUCGGAUACGAGGUUGUGCUGGCUUAUUUGGGCGGUAAGAAUACUAGGUCUGUGUUAGGGACGUUUGCGCCGGCGAAGCACGUCGCGCACAAGAACCAGAUUCGGCGAGAGUUGGACCUGGGUGCGAUUUUUGCGGCACUUCUUGUUGCUCUGGGGCUUGUUUGGAUGGGGUUUACGGCCACGAGCAUGCCUAGGUUUGUAGCCGUGGCUGGUGGUGCUUUGGGUUAUGAUCAUUCGUGGAAAGCCGGAAUGGGUGUUGGCGCGACAGUCGCUGUGGGCGGACUAGCGUAUCUUUUGGCUAUUUGGAGGAUGGAGCCUGGGAGCGAGGACCGCAUCACAUUUGCAGAUACAGCAGCGUUCUUGGUUAUUAGUGAGACGUCAGUGGCGGAUGUCUCCCGCCGGUUGGAGGGGGGUGAGGAUAUGGAUAGGAGGAAGUUCCGGGCGAACAUAGUUGUUGAGGGUUCAGAGAUGGCGUACGAAGAGGACUUCUGGGCAGAGUUGGUUGUUGGUGGUUCUCAGAUCCGCGUGUUGUUGACGGCCAACUGCGCGAGGUGCCAAAGCCUAAACGUGGACUUUGCUACCGGGAAAUUCGGGACGGGCGACUCUGGAAAGGUGUUGAAGAAGCUCAUGGCUGAUCGCAGGGUCGACAAGGGCGCAAAAUAUAGUCCAAUCUUUGGACGAUAUGGGUUUCUGGAUGCCAAGUCGGACCUGAAGACGGUUCGCGUCGGCGAUGAUGUUGUUGUGGCGAGGCGGAUGGAUGAGCGGGCUGUUUCUGACUGGCCCGGGAUCGGCUAA